UUGAUAAAGUGAGUAGGACAUAUAGAGGUUUUGGCUUCUGCAGUGGUACCAACUGAAAGGUAGAGAGACAGACAGAGAGAUGCUUUGCUUUUAGCAGUGGUGUCAACUGAAAGGUAGAGAGACAGACAGACAAGACAUUUUAGUCAUUUAGCAGACGCUCUUAUCCAGAGCGACUUACAGUUAGUGAGUGCAUACAUUUUCAUACUAGCCCCCCCGUGGGAAACGAACCCACAACCCUGGCGUUGCAAGCGCCAUGCUCUACCAACAGAGGCUUUGCUUUCAGCAGUGGUGCCAACUGAAGGGUAGAGAGACAGACAGAGAGAUGCUUUGCUUUCAGCAGUGGUGUCAACUGAAAGGUAGAGACAGACAGAGAGAUGCUUUGCUUUCAGCAGUGGUGUCAACUGAAAGGUAGAGACAGACAGAGAGAUGCUUUGCUUUCAGCAGUGGUGUCAACUGAAAGGUAGAGACACAAAGCAGUGUUGCGAACUGAAGGGAGUUUGAGAGGGAGACAGAGAGGGAGACAGUAUUCAACUGAAUACCCAGGCUAGAACGGUUCUCUUUCCAAAGACCAACUGAGAUUGGUGAUGUUUUGAAAGCCAAGUAAAGGUUGGAGGCUUCAGGUUUCCCAGAUAUCUUCUGUCUCUAACAGCAGUAUUGGGUGGCCUGGCCCUGCUAGAACAAGACUACUGUUUGUCUCAGUCACAUCUCCCAUCAAGGGCUACGCCUCAGCCCCAAAUGGAACCUUAUUCCCUAUGUAGUGCACUAGUUAUGUAUGGGCUCUGGUUAAAAGCAGUGCACUAUGAAAGCAAUAGGGUGUCAGUUGGGAUGCGGUCUAUAUCGCCUGCCCUUUGCUUUUUCCUCAGUCACUCUCAGUCUCAGAUGGGAAAAUGUCCAGAAGUAAUACUGUGGUUUAACGUUGACCCUUUAGUCUACUUCUGAGAGACUUUGAAGACUGUGCGUGGAAGCAUGUCAAAUGUGGCUUAUAGUGGGAGAAACGGACAGUUAGGCUAGGUCUGUUUAUGACAUCACAAGACUUCUUCACGGAUACGUAGUCCUGUUAGUGACUGUAGCACGCAGUACAAUGCUCUCUCUCUCUCUCAGAGAGGAGGAGGAGGAAUGAGGAGGACUUGGUUUGUGUCCCAAAAUGGCACCCUAUUCCCUAUAUAGUGCACUAGUUUGGACCAGGGCACAUAGGGAUUUGGUCAAAGGUAGUGUGCUACAUAGGGAAUAGGGUGCCAUUUGGGAUGCAGCCUUGUACGCGCUUAUUUUCCCCUGGGACCUGAUGCUGUCAUGCAGAUGGAAAAAUUAACCCAGUCUGUCGUGCAGGGGACUUCCCAUCGGAUUGGUUCUGAAUAAAUAUGACCCGUCUGUGGAUGGCCUACACACAACCUAGAUGGAUGGCCUACAGCAGCCAGGAGGGCCUCCCGGCACCAAGGAUGGCCUACACAACCAAGGUGGCCCUACAGCAGCACCUAUGGAUCCUACAAAAACCAAGGAUGGCCUACAAGCCCCUAAUGGUGGCCUCGCACCCAAGAGGCCUCCACACCUAGCUUCUCAAGUUUCUGUCCCGGGCCCCUGACAGUAAUCUGUAGACAAAAAUAAUGGUGUUCCAAAAAGGUCCCAGUUCCCAACCCCCAAAUAAAAAUUUCCAUCUAGAACCUUUGCCUAAGCCACAAAAAACUAAAUCCUCGGCAAACUCCGCCCGGUAAAUUCCCAAAUCUGUGAACGAUCUGAAAGGGCAAGGGAAGAAGGGCCUUUUACGGGCCCCAAAGGGAAAAACCCAAAAUUUGCAUCCAAUUAGGGGUCUGGCUAAAAAUACUUGAAUCAUUAUAAACCCCUUGCCCUUAAUGGGUUGUGGGUUGGGGGCCGUCACCAAACCAGAAUUUUACAAAAAGGGGCAAACCUAAAUUUUAGACAAAAAAAAUCCUCUGUAACCUAAAACCCCAAAUAUCAUGCAGAGCGAAUUAGGGGCCAUACCCCCAUGAUCAAAAACCGAAAAGGCCGUUUAAAAUUUUAAACCCUCUAAAGGAAGUGAUUCCCAAAAACCUUUUAUAAAAACUAUCACGUACAGAGAUGAACCGGAGAAGAGUCCCCAAACAAACUGGGGCAUUGGGCUCUGUUUACAACCAAAAAACCCACAGGCCCCAGGACAGCAACACAAUUUCCCAAAAAAAUAAUUACUUGACACAUUGAAAGAUUAAAAAAAAAAAACAGUUCAACUGAAUCUUUUGGGGCCCUUUAAAAGAAAGUACACAGGGCAAACCUGACCACUGUGACUGACCCCAAAAUUAAAAAGCUUUGACAGGGAAACUCAUGAGCCUAGCCUUGCUAUUGAGAGGCUGCCGUGGCAGACCUUUGGGUCUCAAAAAACAGGCUAUGUGCACACUGCCCACAAAAAAGAGGUGGAAAUGACUGCCUUCCUAACCCCCUGCCAAAAUUAUAUCUAUUAGAGACCCCAAAAUUUCCCCCAAUUACACAGACCCACAAGAAUUUGAAAAAA